CUUUAUCUGGGAAUCAAGUUGAAUGUUCUACAAACACAGACAUAGGAUAAUUAGGGCAAUAAAGUUAUAAGGUGGUAACUUCCUUAACAUUCAAAACAGAGGCGAAAAAGCUCAUAAGUUAUUCCACCUUUAUCGCUCCCCCCAAGAAGUUAGCUACCCACAACGUAUCACAACUAUGAGUUCCGUAAGGGAAUCAGGUAUUUGCCCCUAAUUUAAAAAUUCUUAUCACAGCCAAAUGCUAUAAAAAGGUUUUGUUUAUCAAAAUGAUAUAUAACACUAAAUAGCUCUUAGAUUUGCGACAGUUGUCUAUUUAUUUCCUUUUUCGUUCAUCUUUCUUCUUGUCAUCUUUUUGAUCUCAUUUAUUUUUUGUGCCACUUAUCAAGCAAUCCCAAUGAGAAUCAAAAGCCAAUUGACAGGCGGUGUGACGAAUGCAUAAGUCAAUUUAUUUAGAUUUAUUGUCAUUGGGGAAUUGAUAAGCUGGGUAAAUGCGUAACAAACGAAAUUUUCUUUUUUUUUUAAAUUCGUGCCUUUAAAUUUGAAAAUAAAUCAUUUUUUUCCAUUUUAUAGUAAGCAAAGAAUUUCUUACUCAACACAUUUGAUUGUCUAAAUGAAAUAGCAUGUCAAUUGUUUCGACGGUCAAAAGUCAACUGAAAAUGUUUUGAGGCAUACUUUUCAAUUAAAUUUUGACAUUACUCGUCUGCCGAGGCAAGCACGUAUACGCCAUGUUGUACAGUAAGUGAAACUUCGUGGGAUAAAUAAAAACGAAUUUGGUUUUCAAAAAACAUUGAAAUACUGGUCUUUGUAUACCUUUCGAAUUUGUCAAUGUUAAUUAAUGAUAAUUGAAAGCCUAAGUCACUCAGAGAAAGAGUGUCGAUGCUGUCAGCUAGGAUCUUGGCUUUAUAAAGCACCUGAACUGAAUACCAACCGAAUUUAAAUAUUUGUCAUUCCCAAAACUUCACCACUUCAAGCAAACAAAGCUGCUACCGAAUUGCCUUUAUUCGUGGAUUUUUAAGUAAAUAUUUUCCGUGUUAUAAUAUUUCACUUUGUGUAUUGUUGAGUUUAACGCCUUGAACGUUGGCUGUUAAUUGUCAGUUAGACCCACUUAGUACCCCUAGAAAACGCGCCGGGGUAUAUUAAAAGAUGAUGUAUGUAUUUUCCCUGCGUAUUUUUGGCAGCCCCGCUGUGUUUAUUCGGAAAUAAGCUGGCUAACAUAUAGCCAGAAGUUUUGUUUCGGAAUAGACCUAUAAAUAUAUCACGCAGAAUGCCCACUGACCUACCCCUAUUUAAGGUAUAAGUAGUAUUUAAAUUGGGUGUCUCCCAAAUUUAAAUCGAACUUUAAGUAAUCUCCAGUCUGUCACCCUGUCAAACAGCACCUCGAGAUGUGCUAAAUGAGCAUCAUGUGAUCGCCGUCCGCUAAUAGAACCACCAUAUAGACGGAACAAACAAGAUUUCCAUACUACGCAGCCAUACUACUCGGAGUUCAGCUACUGCUCAGAUUAGCUGUAUAUAUAUUUGCCCAAGUCAGUUGGCUAGAAGCAGUUUGCAGUGCCUUAAACCGAUCCACGGAAUGGCUCUAGGCUAUUUUUAAAAAAGAGUACAGAAAAUAGAACGUAUUUUUUGUGAUUUCUCAACCCCCGACAUGUGAUAUAAAAAGUAAUCAUCUGCGACUACCAAAUUUCCUGGAUCUGUGGGGCAGCACAAAAUCAGAACUGAGCCAUGCCACGGAUGAGAGCCAUGAGUCGACCACCACCACCAUUACCACCAAAAUCAUUCCGAUGUCCGAUUUCCAACACAGCUGCUUUGAUUGGUCAUCUGCUCCGGAGGCAGCGGGCGGAAACUGCUCCAAAUUGACCCGGAAUGGCACUCUAAAGUGCUUCGGCGGAAUGAACAACCUGGCAGCUCUGAAUCACUCUGGAAAGUUAAGCAGAGCUCAGCCCGCUCUGGAAAUGCUCCUCUGCGGCUGGCCAAAGGAUGGAUUCAAUCAUAUGAAGGACCUUCAGAAGUUGCCCCGUCUUCGAUCGCUGACCAUCGAAUACAGUGGCUUCACCGAGUUCAAGUUCGACUUCCCCGAGAUGUCGGAGCUGCAGACCAUCAACAUUUCGUGGACGAAUCUCUCCUACAUCUCAUCCCGAACUUUUAAGCGGGUGCAUCCGCUCAAGGUUCUGGACCUGCGAUGGAACCAACUCAUCCAACUGGAUGGCCCUCUGUUGCUGCCCCGCAACUUCGAGCAACUUUACCUGGCGGGGAAUCCCUGGAACUGCACGCGGAACUUCAAGUGGAUGCUGUUGCAGCCGGAAAAGGGACGACUGGUGGUCGACAGGGAUGAGCUAAUCUGCACGGAUCGAAAGUAUAAAGAGCGCCAGAUGCUGCUGGUCAUGCACUAUAAAUUGGAACUGAAGAAACAGUGCCAAUCCCAUGAGGAUCUGAGGAACUGCACUUGCCUGAUGCAUCACAUCUUGCCCAGAACCCACAUUCCCCUCUACACGGUCAACUGUUCCCACAUGCAGUUCCACCGACUGCCUGCCUUUUUGCCAGACAACACCACCACUCUGGUGAUCAACGAUAAUAUGAUCAGUGACAUAAAUCCGCUCCGAGACAAUCCCCACUACCGCCACGUGGUGGACAUGCAGCUGGAGAACAACCAAGUGUCGAACGUGGACAACCUGGAAGACACAUACUGGCUGCAGAACUUCCGUCUGCUCAAUUUGCGAGGCAAUAAUCUCCGCAAGCUACAUGUGUACGCCCUGGACAAUGCUCUCGAUGACAACGAGAAUGCCAAUCUGUUGUUGCUCAGCCGGAAUCCCUGGCACUGCACCUGCAAGUUCGGGAGCAGGUUGCGGGAGCUGCUGACCAAGUACAAGGACAUAGUGAGGGAUGCCUGGAAUGUGACCUGCACCUACAUGCAGGAGGAUGAGCAGCGACUGGCCAAGGUGCUGAGCCUCAGCCGCCAGGAGAUGUGCAAUGCGAGCUUGGACAGUGGCCCACAGAUCCAUCCCAUCGAUUGGCUGAACGGAGUCCUGGCGAGUCUCAUCCUGCUGAUCCUGGGCAAGCUUGCCUACGAUUACUACUAUUACAAGUAUUACGGCCGAGUUCCUUGGAUUGUGAUGAAAAUGCCCUAGUCGUAAUCCUAAUCUUAAGUUGGGGUUUGCCACCUCGAAAGUAUUUCUCAAACACAGACAACGGAUUGUCGGUUUAUUUUUGAAAAUCUACAAAAACAAUACCGGUCUUUGUAUCAUAUAUGAAUAGUUAUAUAUAAAUAAUGUUGUUUAGGUAUUUAUGUAUGUAUAUUUAAGCUAAGUCAACGCAAAACUCUCAAAAUAGUUGUUUGCUUCCACACUAUUGCACUGCUUAAACUGUUUUAUGCGGUUAAAAACCAUCGUUCUCACGUUCCUUCACUUUUGACGGUCCUUAGCAUUUGACCAGCAUUUAAAUUAAUUUAAAUUGGCACGAAGCGCUUAAUAUCUGAUAAUGAGAAAGAGCUAAGAUAAGUAUAUGCUUGCAUCUGGACAGAACGAAAACUGUGAGAAGUUUAAUUUAGGUACAAAUAAUUCCAUCUAAAUGAAUCUAAUUUAGUAUUUACAAUUAAAAUCCCUCGAUUAAA